AUGACUUGUCCAAGUGGCUGACAUCGCGCUCGCGCGACACAAUAUGGUACCUUAAUGGUAUCGUGACCCAUACCGCACGCUUUUCAAUUAGCGGCAUGGGCACUUUAUAGCUGAGAACGGGUAUCCUGUGGCAACGAAUCGUACCACACGCGUACCACAGAUCUUAAGAAAGCUUCCUGAAUUUUUUUAGACAUGAUUAUGUUCGAUUCUUCUUUAGAUGACUAUGAUUAAAUUUUAUAAGAGCCUUCUCGUAAGGCCUACCCGCAACAAAGAAAUAACCCUACUUGCGGUCGGAGUUAUUGCAAAAAUGACCGUCGUCUUUUUGGUACAGCAUAACACUAUCUUUUGGAUCUUUUGAGUUUUGCGCACCGCACUACCGUUAAGCACUCCAUCAAAAAACUUAAUCGGCCUUUGAACAGGAAACCAAGCAUGUCUACGCCUAGAUUCAAACCUCGAUUACCUAACACUAGAAAAAUGUUCUGGGUCGUACCUGAGUGCGGAAGCAAGCAUUUCUGGUCGAUUACAAACAGAGAUCUUCAAUGAUAACCAGAACGGUGAUCUUCACUAAUGAACAAACCUCCAUCAGUUCGACUGACCAACAAUUUACAUAUAGCUCGUUGACCGACUGCAGUCAGAUACCUUUAUAUCAUGAGCCAUUGGAGGCUUGGGUAGAGACUCUCGAUGGAAAAGACCCGUACACCACAAAACGCGGAGCGGUCUCCCUCCAUCCUGAGGUGUUUGGGGCGUUUCCUCGAAUAGACAUCCUACACUGGAACCUAUAUUGGCAAAAAAUGUAUAAAGUCGUUGAUUGGUCAUUUGCGAUGACUAAGCAGGAGAAACGAGGUGGUGGUCGGAAACCAUGGCCUCAGAAAGGCACUGGACGUGCACGUCACGGUUCGAUUCGAUCCCCGCUUUGGCAUAAUGGAGGUCGGGCUUUAGGACCCAGAGGUCCACGUACAUAUUAUUUUAUGCUACCUUUUAUGCUACGUGUCCGUGGCCUGAUAUCGGCAUUAACUUGUAAGUUUGCUCAAAACGAUAUUCAUAUCGUUGAUAGCCUCGAGUCCUUGCCAUCAGACGACACCAAGUUUCUCGAGGAGCUCUGCGAUAGUCGGGGAUGGGGACCGUCAGUCCUGUUUGUCCACGAGAGCGACUUUGCCCCACGAAAUAUCACUGUUGCCACAGAUAUGAUAGGGCAUAUGAACAUUAUGCCUGUACAAGGUCUAAACGUCUAUUCGAUGCUCAAACACGAAACGCUCGUAUUAUCGCUAAAAUCGGCUCAGUUGAUCCAGGAACGUUUAUUAUUCCACCUGUCGCGACCAGAUGAUUGGCGUGCUAACGGAAAGAAAGUGCGACCCAUAAUUAAUCGCCCUGCGCCACCCAAGCCGCUUGAAUUCCUGGCACCAUCGGUGACUUUGUAAAAUCUAAGUCAGUUAAAAGGAAAGAGCGUUAGCUACCUAAAAGGUAACUGCCAAUAAGCAACGGGUGUGUUUUUCACCUGCUUCAGCCGUUACAGAUUAAGUAUUAAAAAAUUGUCCGCUACA